GAGAGCCUGCCGCGCACGCGCGGAGGAAGGCCUGCCGCGCAUGCGCGCCAGCCAGCCUCUCCGAAGCGACGUCUUCUGACGUCACCGCCAGUCUUGCCUGGACGGCAACCGGCGGGAGUUUUUCAAAAUGGGAGUGCAGAGGCACCGCCCAAGCCUCGGGAGGUGUCAAGGAAUCCCUUCGGUGGCUUUAGCAUCGUCGCCGGGAGCGGCGGCCUAGAAGGCAGAGCCUGAUGGGCACCUCGACCGGCUGGCUGCCUGGAGCUCCACCUCGAAGGGACUGCGAGAAGGGGGCUGACCCGGGGAGCGCCGGCCCGGGCCGCAGAAUAUGGCGACCUGCAUCGGCGACAAGAUCGAGGAUUUUAAAGUCGGAAAUCUGCUCGGUAAAGGAUCAUUUGCUGGUGUCUACAGAGCUGAGUCCAUUCACACUGGUUUGGAAGUUGCAAUCAAAAUGAUAGAUAAAAAAGCCAUGUACAAAGCUGGAAUGGUACAGCGAGUCCAGAAUGAGGUGAAAAUACAUUGUCAAUUGAAACAUCCCUCAAUCUUGGAGCUAUAUAACUAUUUUGAAGAUAACAAUUAUGUGUACCUGGUAUUAGAAAUGUGUCAUAAUGGUGAAAUGAACAGAUACCUAAAGAACAGAAUGAAACCUUUCUCAGAAAAUGAAGCUCGACACUUCAUGCACCAGAUCAUCACAGGAAUGUUGUAUCUGCAUUCUCAUGGCAUAUUACACCGGGACCUCACACUUUCUAACCUCUUACUUACUCGUAAUAUGAACAUCAAGAUUGCUGAUUUUGGGCUGGCAACUCAAUUGAAAAUGCCACAUGAAAAGCACUAUACAUUAUGUGGAACUCCUAAUUACAUUUCACCAGAAAUUGCAACUCGAAGUGCACACGGGCUUGAAUCUGAUGUUUGGUCCUUGGGCUGCAUGUUUUAUACAUUACUUAUUGGAAGACCACCUUUUGAUACUGACACAGUCAAGAACACAUUAAAUAAAGUCGUACUAGCAGAUUAUGAAAUGCCAACUUUUUUGUCAAGAGAGGCCAAGGAUCUUAUUCACCAGUUACUUCGUAGAAAUCCAGCAGAUCGUUUAAGUCUGUCUUCAGUACUGGACCAUCCUUUUAUGUCCCGAAAUUCUUCAACAAAAAGUAGAGAUUUAGGAACUGUAGAAGACUCGAUUGAUAGUGGACAUGCCACAAUUUCUACUGCAAUUACAGCUUCUUCCAGUACCAGUAUAAGUGGUAGUUUACUUGACAGAAGACGCCUCUUGAUUGGUCAACCCCUUCCAAAUAAAAUGACUGUAUUUCCAAAGCAUAAAAAUGCAAGUGACUUUUCUUCAGGAGAUGGAAGCAGUUUUUGUACUCAAUGGGGAAAUCAAGCACAUGAAGCCAGUAACAGUGGAAGAGGAAGAGGGAUUCAAGAUGCAGAAGAAAGGCCACAUUCUCGAUACCUCCGUAGAGCCCAUUCCUCUGAUAGAUCUGGCACUUCUAAUAGUCAGUCUCGAGCAAAAACUUAUACAAUGGAACGAUGUCACUCAGCAGAAACACUUUCAAAGUCCAAAAGAUCAGGAGGAGAAGAAAAUGAAGACCGAUAUUCACCUACAAACAGCAAUGUCAAUAUUUUUCAUUUCUUUAAAGAAAAGACAUCUCAUAGUUCUGGAUCUUUUGAAAGACCUGAUAACAACCAAGCACUUUCAGAUCAUCUUUGUCCAGGAAAAAGUCCUUUUCCGUUUCCAGACCAGACACCUCAAACUGAAAUGGUACAACAGUGGUUUGGAAAUCUGCAAAUGAAUGUUUUGCAGAAGGACCUGUCAAGAAAUGCUUGGAGCGAUAUGAGAGCCAGAAAGAACUCUGAUGGUCUGGAUGAUGCCUCUGCCGUCAAUCAGCUGGGUACCGUGAAGUACAUGACUGGACCGCACAGCGACCCUGAGAGGAUGCAGCAAGAACCUGGUUUCGGCUUAGAUCCUCUUUCCGAACAAAGCAAGACCAGGGGUGUGGAGUCAACACUGGGAUGUCAGAAACACACGUUACGAAGCAUUACGUCUCCUUUGACCGCUCACAGGCUAAAACCAAUCAGACAGAAAACCAAAAAGGCUGUGGUGAGCAUACUUGAUUCAGAGGAGGUGUGUGUGGAGCUUCUAAAGGAAUAUACAUCUCAAGAAUAUGUGAAAGAAGUUCUUCAAAUAUCUAGUGAUGGGAAUAUGAUCACUAUAUAUUAUCCAAAUGAUGGAAGAGGCUUUCCUCUUGCUGAUAAACCACCCUCACCUAUUGGCAACAUCAGUAGGUACAGCUUUGACAGUUUACCAGAAAAAUACUGGCGAAAAUAUCAGUAUGCUUCCAGAUUUGUACAGCUUGUAAGAUCUAAAUCUCCCAAAAUCACUUAUUUUACAAGAUAUGCUAAAUGUAUUUUGAUGGAGAAUUCUCCUGGUGCUGAUUUUGAGGUUUGGUUUUAUGAUGGAGCAAAAAUACACAAAACAGAAGAUUUCAUUCAAGUAAUUGAAAAGACUGGGAAAUCUUACACAUUAAAGGAUGAAAGUGAAGUUCAUAGCUUAAAAGAGGAAAUAAAAAUAUACAUGGACCAUGCUAAUGAGGGUCAUCGUAUUUGUUUAGCACUGGAAUCUGUAAUUUCAGAAGAAGAAAAGAAAAGUAGGAGUGCUCCCUUUUUCCCAAUAAUUGUAGGAAGAAAACCUGGUAAUACUGGUUCACCUAAGGCACUAUCACCACCUCCUUGUGUGGAUCCAAACUGCUCAAUAAGAGAUGCACCAUCUUUGGGCAGAUUGAUCACGAAUAGUGCUACUACUCCACCACAGGCACCCAUGCUUAGUCCUUCUGUAGUCAGAGCUGAAGGGCUUGGCCACACCACUACAGCUUCAGCAACAAACAUCUCUUCUCAUAAUUUAAAAGAUUGUCUUCCUACAUCAGCACAACUUUUGAAAUCUGUUUUUGUGAAAAAUGUUGGUUGGGCUACACAGUUAACUAGUGGAGCUGUGUGGGUUCAGUUUAAUGAUGGGUCACAGCUGGUCGUCCAGGCAGGAGUAUCUUCCAUCAGUUAUACGUCACCAAGUGGUCAGACAACUAGGUAUGGAGAAAAUGAAAAAUUACCUGAGUACAUCAGACAGAAAUUACAGUGUCUUUCUUCCAUCCUGUUGAUGUUUUCUGAUGCAACUCCUGGUUUUCAUUGAUUGAAACUCCUUUCAGAAAUCUGCAUUUAAUAAAUAACUUUUUGGUUGGCUUUCAAGUGACUUUUUUUAUUUAAUAUAACUUCUUCAGAAAGCCUUUCUAUUAAAGAGAAUUUUAAUCCAUACAAGUAAAGGAUGUGUGCUGAGAGAACAAAGAAAGUCGAAUGAAAUUUGAGUCACCAAAAGUAGUUGGUCACAGAGUAUUGUAGGAUGCCUAACUUUGCUGUGAAAACAUACCUUCAAGCUUACUGAGUGUAUUUGUAUUGAAUGUUUUUUUAAAAGCAAAAAUAUAAAUGGUGUGUGGUGUAUUUGUGCUUUUAUUGUUUCCCUACUUCUCAGACAUGUUGAGAAUCAUGGACAAAAUAUGCUGUAGUUUUGGAAUUUUCAAAUAUGUAAAUAGUAUGUAUUUAUGUUGUGAGUAACAUAUGUAAACAUGUAUAUUUGUUUUAUAUUUA